CAACCGCGGAGGCCGAGCUGAGAUAUCCCACUUCACCAUCGGCAAUCCCACUCACGAUUACCAAGUCAGACCUCAAGGGAUGGCCCCCAAUGCAAGGCAUACGUAACAGUGCAUCGACUUCAGUUUUUUUCCAGUCAAACUAUUCGAUAAAUAAUACACCGAGUUUUGCAAUCCCACUCGGUUCGCUGAUUUCGAUACUCAAAUCAAAGCAAUCAAAACCCACCAUGGAGAUAUCCCACAGUGAUCGUGAUAGAAGAUCCUCCGCUGAUAGUGCUGAACCAACGCCGAGUCGACAUACAUGCCAUUGUGGGAAGAGCUUUAUCAGAAAGGAACACCUGAGACGCCAUCAAGCGACCCAUGGAGAGCGCAAUUUCGUUUGCCCGAUUUGUCAACGAUCUUUCACACGCAAGUUAGUACAUUGAUUUGUUACGGCGUCACCUGACACGGCAUGAUAUGCCUACAGCUCCUGAUCCAAGAAGAGGAAGAGCUUGCGAUGCGUGUCAUGCGAAUAAGACAAAGUGUGACGGUGGUACAAA